AUGCCCAUCCCUACCUCGUCCACAGGGCAGUCGUACCCACCCGUGCUCGACUACCGCCUCGUGCAGCUCAUCGGCGGUGGCGGCUUCAGCAAGGUCUUUCGCGCCGUCAAUCCGCACUCCAAGUCGAAUCCGGUCGCGGCGAUCAAGGUGAUCUCGUACGCGCCCAACCGAUCCAACAAGUACCCCAUCGACCGGCGCGCGCUGCAAAAGGAGGUCCAGGUACAUUCGAUCCUCAAGCAUCCGAAUGUGCUCGAGUUCCUCGGAGCGGUCGAGCGCGGUGUGGACAAGAAUGGCAAUGCGGGCAAGGAGAAGGGCAUCCUCAUGGGCGAAUCGAUCGCCACCACGCAGGAGUCCAUCGAGGCGCGCGAUAAAGAGCGCGAGAGGAUGCGCAGCACGCCCUCCAUGGAGGAGAACUACGUGCCCGGCCUCUACAUGGUGCUCGAGCUCGGCGCCGGCGGCGACCUCUUCGACAAGAUCGCGCCCGACUACGGCGUCGAGGAGGACCUGGCGCACUUCUACUUCCAGCAGCUCCUCUCCGGCCUCGAGUACAUCCACUCGCAGGGCGUGACGCACCGCGACAUCAAGCCCGAAAACAUGCUGCUCGACGCCGAAGGCAACCUCAAGAUCGCCGACUUUGGCCUGUGUUCGGUGUACAAGUACAAGGGCAAGGAGCGAGAGCUCACGGGCGCCUGUGGUUCGCUCCCCUACAUCGCACCCGAGAUGAACGGCAAGCCGUACCGUGGCGAGCCUGUCGACGUGUGGAGCUCGGGCGUGGUGCUGUUUGCGAUGCUCGUCGGCAGCACGCCCUGGGACGAGCCCACGUCUCGAUCGCCCGAAUACAACGCCUACCGAAGCGGUGCGCUGUUCGAGUACGAUCCCUGGACCAAGAUCCCUGCGGAUGCACUGUCGCUGCUCAAAAAAAUGAUGCACCCUCAUCCCGAGCGACGCAUCACGUUUGAGGGCAUCCGGCGCCAUCGAUGGUUCAGGCGGCAGAACGAGCUCAUGACCAACAAGGGCAAGUGCAACGACCCCGUCAACCUCGCCGAGAAGCUGCUCCAAGGUCUGGCGGUGUCGGGCGACAUCAAUCUCGAGGUGGCGGGCGGCGCUGCAGCAGCCGCCGCCGCGCGUCGACUCGAGCUGCAUACCGACGGCCAGCGAGCGCAGGUGCCGGAAAACGUGUCGUUGACGCAGCCCGAGGCGAUCCAGACGGGCUCGUUUGAGCUUGGUGCCGGUGGUUCGUCGGCGCGUGGCUGGCGCGAUGGAGCGGUUGGACUGGCGCUUCCGUCGUCGACGGCCAUGCCGUCCAUCGCAGUGGGCAGCGACGACAUGUCGCGCCGCCUCGCCAUGAGCCAGCACAUCACGACGCGCAGGCAAGAGUUUUCGUCGAGCGCCACGGGAUCCGAGAUGGGACUGCCAGGCGCCUCGCAGUUCACGCAGGCGCUCAAUCACUUUACACAGUUCGAGGCGCUGACCAACAUGGUCGGGGCCGGCAAUUCGCAUCGGUUCUCGCCGCAUCUUACGCGCUUCUUUUCGUCGGCGACGCCGUCACAGAUGGUGGCGUUGGUAUCCGAUGUUCUCGACAGUUUGGCCAUUCAGAACGCCACCAACGCCAUUGGCGAGCAGGAGGAGCUCGAAGAGGCGUACAACUUUAUCAUCGACGGCGGCGAGCCAGCGGCAGAAGCGGCGAGCACGACGGGAAAGCGCUUCGCCAUCGGCACCAAGGGCGCACGCAUCCGCCUCGCCACCAUGGACAAGCGCAAGUGCCCCCUGCGCGGCGAGGUGUGGGUCGAGAACCUCAUGGCUUCCGACUCGGGCUGCGACGUCGACCCGGCCUCUCAGGACACGGUCAAGACGCUCGUCGUCAUGAAGAAGGGCAAGGGCGACCCGCUCGAAUGGCGAAGACUCUUCCGUGAGCUCUGCCGCCGCCCCGAGAUCCAGGCCACCAUCAUCUCGACGUGA